AUGGAAGUAAUCUACACCGCUCCACCUGCUGUUGUUAUACCCUCGACUGAGGAUUUACUUUACCAUGCUGAAGUUACGUCAACUAGAGGUUUCCAGCAGGCGUCAGAACAGCCUUCGGUCCAUGGCUCCACACGUGGAUCCAUUCACGGAUCGGUCCACGGCUCCACUCAUAGCUCUGCUCCGCAAUCAGAUGAUGAUAAUGAACUGGAGAAUAUUGAGCGAAAUAUUGCAAGUCUCGAACGGAGCUUACAGAAUAAAGACAUUGUGAUUGACUUGGAAUCCGGUGACGAAUCACGCACUCGCAAGUUAAAGAUUGUUGGGAAGCGUUUUUUGAGAGUUGGUCAAGGCAAGGAACUGCUGCUGGUACUCCAACCUAGGACCAACGCAUCAGUUCUGACCGAGGUAAAGAUAAAAAUGAGAUUGUCCACCACUUGUCUACGUAGGAGUUUCGAAUUCUUUGGACACAUUGUUAGAAAAGAAGGCGAUAAUCUCAAAAAAACUUUAAUGACGGGAAGAAUAGAUGGACGAAUACCACGAGGAAGAAGUCCUUUACAUUGGUCAGAUCAGAUCCGCACACCAACAACACCACAGUCAGCGAGAGUAACCACAGAGUAA